UUUCUAAAAGAAAAAGAAGUUGAAAAUCUAUUAUAGAAAAACAACAAAUUAAAAAAGUUACAAAUCUUCAUAAAAAUAAUAAAUAUAUAUAUAUAAAAAGUAUUGCCUACUUUAAAGUGCUUCAAAAAAGUGUUGAACAAGCAGAUCAUUAACAACUCACCAAACAAAACUGAUCUUAUUUACUUGACACAUUUAAAAUGAAAAUUCUAAAGUAUACUUCGCGGCGUAGUAGUUUAAAGAAACGUAAAUCCAGUAUGGCAACCUCAACACGAUCCACUGUUAUGCAUCCCAUUAAUCCCAAGGCUGCAUUUUAUCCCUUUUUAAAACAAAAACCCACCGCCCUUAUACGCAAUGGUAUUAUCGGUUGCGGUGAGGGUCCUGGCUCUAAGGGUCUCUAUCAAGUUGAUGAUCGUAUUUAUACAACAACCAAAAUGUUUAUACGUGAUGGCUAUAUGUAUCCUCGGCAGGCUGGUCAAUCAAUGGAUCCACGUUUUCCUUAUGAGCUCCAUGAGUUUCCUGAUGAUACAGGAGCCACUGGCCUACAAUUAGUUACAGCUCCUAAAGUACACAUCUCUGGCGAGUAUUUAGCCAAUGGUUCCUCUGAUCAUCUUGUUAACGUAAUGCCAUCUAGUGGUGGUGGUAUUCAGGGUUCAGGUUCGUUAACUCGUCGUGAUGCUCGUAAGGCAGCUGCUGAGAUAAAUUUAGCCAAUCAAGUUUAUUGGUUGCAAAAACAACGUAUACGUUCGCGCAGCAAUAGUUUGGGUCAGCGGGUGACUCAAGAGGAUAUGUCACCACCUCCCGUAGAGCGUAGUUAUAUACGUAAUGUGGAUGAUUUGUUAACCUCAUUAAAGCAUCAGGAUCAGAUUUAUCAAGUUCCACCUAGUGAAAGUGGUCAAUCGACGGCCUCAAAUCGUCGCAAGAAAAAGGGUGAUCGUACAACAUGGGAAUAUCAUACAGUGUCGGUAACUCGUGUGCCGGGUUAUGGUUUUGGUAUAGCUGUUUCCGGUGGUCGUGAUAAUCCUCAUUUUGCCAAUGGUGAUCCUUCAAUAGCGGUAUCGGAUGUUUUAAAAGGUGGCCCAGCUGAAGAUCGUUUGCAAGUUAACGAUCGCAUUAUCUCCGUUAACGGUGUCUCACUCGAGAAUGUUGAAUACGCCACAGCCGUACAAGUUUUGCGAGACAGUGGUAAUACAGUUACAUUAGUGGUAAAACGUCGUGUACCCCUCAAUAUGAAUACCGUAGUGGUUAGCAAUAAUCAACAUCAACAUUCGCACAGCAUGAGUAAUGUGGGUUUGAAUUCAUUACCAAAUACAAAUGGCACUGCUAUGGUGGUAAAUCCUACAAUUCCGAAUACAAUGAGUCAACCAAAUUCAUUAAACUCCUCGCUAAUACAACCGAAUGGUCAAACGGGACAACCGAUAAAAGUGACCCUAACCAAGAAUAGUAAAAAAGAUGAUUAUGGUAUUGUUUUGGGUUGUCGUCUGUUUAUUAAGGAAAUCUCUAGCAAGGCCCGUGAUCAAUUGGCUGCUAAUGGUUAUAGUUUGCAGGAGGGAGAUGUUAUAACACGCAUACACAAUACUAAUUGUGCGGAUACAAUGAGUUUGAAGGAGGCUAAAAAGAUAAUAGAUGGUUGUAAGGAACGUUUAAAUUUGGUAGUUUUAAGAGAUAUAACCAAUCAGCCUAACACUAACACCAUUGUUAAUCAGUUGAAUAAUUCGAAUACCCAAGCUCAGAAUAUCUAUGCCACACAUCAACCUCAAUUAUCGAAUUGUAGCAAUAAUUUAGAUGAUCCUUAUUUGAAUGGCGGUGCCACAUAUUCGUCACAAAAUUUAUAUGUACAACCUCCUACCAGAUCUUCGAAUAAUGGUCCUCCAAAUGGUUUAAAUGAUGAAAAAAGUAAUUUGACACCUAGAGGUAGAUCAAGGGGACCUAUAAUGGAGGGUGUUUCUUUGCAACAGUUAGAUCGGCCUGUCACCCCACCCAAUGGUUCGACACCACGUUCACGCAUAGAUGAACCACCAAGACCACCACCACCACGAGGUCCUAAUAAUACAGAAGAUUUUUAUAGUUCACGCCGCCAACUUUACGAAGAUGAUCCUCUUUCUCGAUCACGUCAAUCGGCUGAACCCAGAUUUAUAUCAUUCCAAAAGGAGGGUAGUGUAGGCAUACGUUUAACGGGCGGCAAUGAGGCUGGCAUAUUUGUUACCGCAGUACAACCCGGCUCUCCUGCCUCCCUACAAGGUCUUACUCCCGGUGAUAAGAUUCUGAAAGUUAACGAUAUGGAUAUGCAUGGAGUUACGCGUGAGGAAGCUGUUUUAUUUUUGCUUUCCCUCCAGGAUCGUAUCGAUUUAAUUGUUCAAUAUUGUAAAGAAGAAUACGAUGAAGUGGUGAAUAAUCAACGUGGUGAUUCGUUCCAUAUUAAGACUCAUUUCCAUUGCGAUAAUCCUUCUAAAGGUGAAAUGGCUUUUAAAGCUGGUGAUGUUUUUCGUGUUAUAGACACUUUACAUAAUGGUGUAGUCGGUUCGUGGCAAGUAUUGAAAAUAGGUCGUGGUCAUCAGGAAAUGCAAAGGGGUGUUAUACCGAAUAAGGCUAGAGCGGAAGAAUUGGCAACCGCUCAAUUUAAUGCUACCAAAAAGGAGAUGAAUGCCAAUGAAUCGAGAGGAAACUUUUUCAGAAGACGAAGAUCCACACAUCGACGUUCCAAGAGCUUAUCUCGUGAAAACUGGGAUGAUGUUGUCUUCUCCGAUAGCAUUUCGAAAUUCCCAGCCUAUGAACGUGUUGUUCUAAGACAUCCUGGCUUCGUACGACCCGUCGUAAUUUUUGGACCGAUCUCCGACUUGGCUCGUGAAAAACUGGCCAAAGAUUAUCCCGAUAAAUUUUCGACACCCUUACAAGAUGAUGAUAAAACCAAUAAUACCAAAUGUCGCAUUGUACGUCUCUCAAAUAUACGCGACAUAAUGGAUCGUGGCAAACAUGCUCUCUUGGAUAUAACACCCAAUGCUGUGGAUCGUCUUAACUAUGCUCAAUUUUAUCCGGUGGUAAUCUUCUGUAAAACAGACAGUAAACAUGUUAUCAAACAACUAAGACAGGGUAUGCCCAAGGCGGCUCAUAAGAGUUCAAAGAAAUUAUUGGAACAAUGUCAGAAAUUGGAACGUGUUUGGUCGCAUAUCUUUAGCACACAAAUAGUGCUGAACGAUGAGGAAAGUUGGUAUCGUAAAUUACGUGAUGCCAUUGAUUUGCAACAGAGUGGUGCUGUCUGGAUGUCAGAAACUAAGCCUGUUGAGUCCUUAUCCGACGAUUUCCUAUUUCCCAUGACCUCAAAUCGUUUAUCGUAUGCAUCAAGUCCAGAAUCUGAUUUGGAAUUAAGUCCUGGUCCAUCGACAUCAUUAUCUCUUGGCAAUUUACCACAAUUGGUUAAGUCGAGCUCAGAUCCAUCGAUUGCCACUAAUCAGGAUAACUUGGAUAGGGAUAGAGACAUAAUUGGUGAAGGAUUACCACCUCCAUAUACGAUUCCAUACGAUCAUUCCGCUCAACCACCACCGAAUAGACGUCAAACUAUGGAUACUUCGAAAUAUGGUGCUGGUUAUACUUCAAAUUCGAAUUUAUUGAACUCUGACCCCUCAACACCCUCCACCCGGCCACAAUCCUUAUAUGGCAUGAAUGCUCCAGAUUUGCCACCACGCAUAGAUCGUCAAUCGAAACCGGGUGAUGUACCAGUUCCGGCCAGCAAUGUUAACCCGAAUACCACCAACCAAACACCCUCACGUUCCAAUAGUUCUGGUGGCACUUUGGGUCGCUCGGCCCAGGAAAGACUAUUUGGCAAGGCCAUUGUUAGUGAUGAUGUACAAGCUGAAUACAUAUCUCGUAAUGCGGGCAAUCCCAGCAAUAAUCCCGAUUCUAUGGAUCGUCAUGGUAUGACCUCUCUCGAACGCCAGGCACGCAUGAAUGCUGCCGUACAAUCUAAAAUACCCGGUGCUACAGCUCAACAAAAUGGCUCAAGUUAUGACUCAGUUUCCAGUUAUGAUUCAUAUAACGCCUCACAGCUAACCAUGCAAAAUUUGGGUCGCUUAGGUCCUAAUGCUCCCGAUGAUCUCAAAUCUGUGCCAAAUGCCAAUGCUGGUAGACCUUUGCCACCAGUUGUUAUGGGUUCUCAACCAGCUGACUAUGCUCGUAGUACCCAUGAUCAUCGUCAAUAUGCCGGUGCUAAUGAUCUUAAUCGGCAAAGUAGUCCCGGUAGACCGCCGUAUCAUGAUAUGAACACUUCUAGGAAUAUAGAUCCUCGUAAUGGCACACCACAACGUCCCUCAAACUUGGGUCUUGAUGGUAGUCCACGUAAAGUUGAAACCAAAACUGAUUAUGGAAAAUACAGUCGUAACAACUCUGCCUCACAAGCUGAUUACAAUAAAAUACCCAAACAACCGGGUCCACCACCCCCACAUGGCAUGGUUGUGCCGCCACCCAAUAUCAAUGGCAACAUGAAUGGUAAUUCUACACCAAAUGGUUCGGGAGGACCAUUUAAACCGGUACCUCCACCAAAACCGAAAAACUAUAGACCACCUAUGCAAAAUUCGGGCAAUGGUAAUGGGGGCAAUCAAUGGGCCGAAAAUGGGGAACCCGGUUCUCCACGAUCUCCCAAUGGUUUUUAUUAUCCUCCUGCUCCUCAGCAUCAUCAUUACUCUCAACAGACUCCAGGAUCACCGCAUACAGGAGGUAAUAUGCAGCCCACUUAUGGCACAAAUAAUAAUUAUGGUCCUGCCUCCACUCCAGGCUAUCCACCCAAUAACAAUGCUUACAAUGGCAAUCCUACAUCGCAUCAUUAUAAUGGAGGCAGUGGUACCGGUCCCUAUAUAGCUCCGCAUCGAGGCAUGCCCCCACCCAUAGGCAAUCUUCCUCCUCAUACACCGGAACGUCAUGGCUUAGAUUUGGCUGGUAGUCGUGAACAGCGUGGUUCAGCAUUUGAAUUAUAUCGUAAACCCCAAAUAGGUUCAGCAGGGCACCAUCAUAAUAUGAGCGAAAUGGAGCCAUACGAACAACAAAGAUACGAUGAUUAUUAUGCUAUGCCACCGCCACAACAUCCACCGCCUCGUUCACGUUCUGUUCCGCGUUAUGCUCAUGAAAUGCCACCGCCGCCCUCACAUGAUCCUAAUAAUUACUACAGUUAUGGACCACCACCACCUUUACCACCGCCUCAUCCCUCAAAUGUGGGACAACAACAGUAUUAUAGUGAAAAUGAUAUGCAUCCACCACCAUUGCCACAUAAGAUCAAAAAGAAAUCUAUGUUAAAGAGUCCUUUGACGGCUAUUAAAAACGCUUUGAUUAAGACCACAAAACCAUUGAGACGUAUGAAUAGCAUGUCGGAUCAAGAACGUAAACCUAAAUCGGGUCUUAGACGACAACAUUCAAUGUUGGAAAGGGGUAUGCAGAGACCCUACUAUCCCGAUGAGUAUCCCACUUAUCCGGCUGGUUUCGAUGAACGCUAUUAUGGUAGGGGACGUAGUGUACCCGCCUCAGCCAUGCGCGGCAGUAGAGAACAGUAUUAUGAUCAGCAGAAUCAGCAAAAUUACAAUCAUGGACAUUAUCCGCCAGCACCACCCACACAAGAUAUUAUGAAUAGUACGUAUCAGAAUUUGGAAACAGAAGAUAUUUAUGGUCAAAUGGGUACCGUGCCCAGAAGUGGCCGUGAACGUUCUUAUAAUGAUUUUAAUAAUGGUUACGAGGAUCAUGAUGAUUUAUAUGCUAAUAGAGCUUGCAUCGACUUGGAAAGACGACAAGCUGAGGCGGCCAAUGCCGGUCAAGGUAGAAGUGGUAGAAAAAUUAUUAGAAGACAUAGUACUACGACAGCAGAUCGUGCUGCAGGACGGCGACAUCAAAUGGCGCCCACUGGAGCCCUGGGUACCUAUGAGCAAGAUGAUAUUUAUCAAAGUAAACAGGGAGCUUAUAUGCUAGACAACCAACGUCGCGCCCCCAAUUCCGAGGUAAUGACUCGUAGAAGAUUUUAUCCGGGAGCCGCCAAUGAACAAGUAGAAAUACAUGAGCCUAUCUAUCAGUCACGCCGUGAAAUGCAACGUGAAAGACAAAAUCAUCAUCUUUAUCAAACUAAAAAAGAAAUGCAAGAACGCAUUAGUCAGGGCAAGAAAGAGAUAGAGCGAGAGUUUACUCCACCACAUUCUGGGCAAAUGGAAAAAGAUGAUAAAACCGAUAAAGAUCCGAUUUACCAAUCGAGAAGAGAAAUAAAGGAAAGCGCUUUAAAAACUAGAUCCCAACUGAGAGAGCAAAUCUAUCAGACUAGAAGAGAGGCCUUAGAAAGCAUGGCCGAACCGGGCUAUGUCUCAAAAAGAGAUGUAGGUAGACCCGAACCGAUUUAUGAGAGUAAAGAAGAAAGUAUAUUACAAUCGCGAGAAAAUGAAACCGACGAAAAGAAAGAAGAAAAGACUGAAAUACAAACACAAGCUGAAAUCAAUCAUGGUGGUGGUGGUGAAGAGGAGAUAGAGGAAACCCUAAGUAGAUCGGAGUUACAAAAGUCUUCAGACACUGUUAUAGAGAAUACUGUUGAAAACAAUAAAUCACCUAAAAAAUCGGCACCCCUGGUGCAAAGUGAGGAUGAUGAUUUAGAUGUGGAUACAGGAAAAGAUUUUGAUAGAUCGGAAAUGCCAACGGUUAUAGAAAAUUGCCAUAAUCAAGGCAUGCUAGAGGAAACCGAAAAUAAUAUGAAUGAAACUCAGGAUAUAUCCGAUGAUGUUUUCGAAACACCACAAGCAGUAUCCUCACCUUUAGUUAUUGAAGGACCACCCAUAGAACCAUUAGAACCACCCAAACCCACCUUGCCGUUAACACCACGCACCAGUAGGGCACCCUUUCAUAUAUCGAAUAUACUUAAGAGAACAGGACCACCACCACUAAAGAAACUAAGUGAAAGUCGCACUUCCAUAGAAACACAAUAUACAUCACAGGCCAGUUUGCCGGUUGGACCACCAAAUGCCACCAGUACCCCCUAUACCAGCAAUAUGUCAUUGCCUAUUGCAGGCCCGGUGCCAACAUCAGCACCUGCUGCCGCCAGCGCACCCGGUAAUGGUUCCUUUCCCACAGUGCCUCGCGAACCCUCGACAUGUCGUGGUAUUUUCGAUUCAAAGGGUGGCACUUUAGCUGACAAUAUUUGGAAUGUUUCGCUGCAAAUACCACCGGGUGCUAUAGCGCCUGGUGUUAGACAAGAAAUCUAUUUUACUGUCAGUGAUCCACGUAUGGGACAAGCUGUUGGUGGACCUCCUUUGGAUAUGGAAAAUGGUGAAACCAUGCUCUCGCCUUUAGUAAUGUGUGGUCCUCAGGGUCUGGAAUUUCUGGUGCCUGUUACCCUUAAUAUACCCCAUUGUGCGGGUAGAACAACUUCUUUGGGUUUAGCUUUGAAGGCCACCGAUAGUGAAAAGAAUAUACAUACCGAAUGGGAUAAUAUUGAUUUACCCAGUAAUACAGCAGCCCAUACAGUAUCGGUUAAAGUAGAUCAUUUUUAAAUUUAAGAUUUUAUAUGUAUUUUUUUUAAUAAUUAAGCGACAUUUCUUUAUAUAAAUAUAUAUAGUAUCCUUAAAUAAUGUAAAUAUACUAAAACCCAAGUAUAUAUUAAAAAA